GGGCGGGGUCGCCCCGCGGCGGCUCCAUGUUCUCCCCGAGCCAGGAGGAGCCCUGCGCCCCCGGAAAGGAGCCCGGCAAGUACGGGGAGCUGGUGGUCUUGGGGUACAACGGGACCCUGCCGAGCGGUGAUCGAGGACGGAGGAAGAGCCGGUUCGCCCUUUACAAGCGGCCCAAGGCUAACGGUGUCCAGCCCAGCACGGUUCACGUGCUCUCCACACCCCAGGCCUCCAAGGCCGUCAGCUGUAAAGGUCAGCACAGUAUCUCAUACACUUUGUCAAGAAACCAGACGGUGGUGGUGGAAUAUAUCCAUGACAAAGACACAGAUAUGUUCCAGGUCGGAAGGUCGACGGAGAGCCCCAUCGACUUCGUCGUGACGGACACGCUGUCCGGCGGCCAGAACGACGCCGACGACGACUCGCAGAUCACGCAGAGUACCAUCUCGCGGUUCGCCUGCCGGAUCGUCUGCGACCGGAACGCCCCCUACACGGCCCGCAUCUUCGCCGCAGGCUUCGACUCCUCCAAAAACAUCUUCCUCGGGGAAAAGGCCGCUAAGUGGAAGAACCCUGACGGCCAUAUGGACGGGUUGACCACAAACGGGGUUCUGGUGAUGCACCCCAGGGGCGGCUUCACCGAAGAGUCCAAACCCGGAGUCUGGAGGGAGAUUUCGGUGUGCGGAGACGUCUACACGCUGCGAGAGACGAGAUCUGCGCAACAGAGGGGAAAGCUGGUCGAGAGCGAGACCAACGUCCUUCAGGACGGCUCCCUGGUGGACCUGUGCGGGGCCACCCUCCUCUGGCGGACGGCCGACGGGCUGCUCCACACCCCGACGCAGAAGCACAUCGAAGCCCUGCGCCGGGAGAUCAACGCCGCCCGCCCCCAGUGCCCCGUGGGGCUCAACACCCUGGCCUUCCCCAGCAUCAGCCGCAAGGAGGUGGUGGAGGAGAAGCAGCCCUGGGCGUACCUCACCUGCGGCCACGUUCACGGGCACCACAACUGGGGCCACCGCAGCGACGCGGAAGCCAACGAGCGCGAGUGCCCCAUGUGCCGGACGGUGGGCCCUUACGUGCCCCUCUGGCUGGGCUGCGAGGCCGGCUUCUACGUCGACGCGGGGCCCCCGACCCACGCCUUCGCCCCCUGCGGCCACGUGUGCUCGGAGAAGUCGGCCAGAUACUGGUCCCAGAUCCCCCUGCCUCACGGCACCCACGCUUUCCACGCCGCCUGCCCCUUCUGUGCGACGCAGCUGGCCGCCGAACACAACUGCAUCAAACUCAUUUUCCAGGGCCCCAUCGACUGAGGCUCCCUGUGCCCCCAUUCCCCGCCGACCCCCGGCCUGUCCCCGGUCACCGGAUUUCCCUUUGGAUCAAUCCUCCCUCCGGGGCAUGGGGGGCCGGGAGUCCCUCGGAUCCGUCAGCGAUGUCGCCUGCUCUCCGGCGACAGAAGCGUUGGCAUCGGCCCAGACCUGAGGCGCUUCUGUAGCGAUCGGGUCGACGGGGUCCUCCAUUUUUUCACCUCAGCUCUCCUGGCGACGUUUGUUCCUGGUGGGUGCUGCCCGGCCCCUAGGUCCGUGUCUUUCAGAUUUAGAAGGCACGUGAGGGCGCGCUGUCCGUGCCCCCUGGAGGGUCCUGUCGGUGCCAGCCGGGUGCCCAGGGUGGGAUGGCCGAGGAGCCGCCUCAGCCCAAUUUGGAACCGGAGAUUGUCUUGGCGCUCCCCUCGGAGGGGCACGGAGAUCCCGCUGGCGGUCGUGUUUUUGGAACUUCAUGCGGUGGAGUGAAAUUUCCUCUCACCUCCCUCCACCCCUGCACCACCGGAGCCCCUUCUAAGGUUAAAACCAGGAAUUUUCCACCCCCUUCCAUCCUCCCUCACUGACGUCCCUACUGCUCCCCUUGUCUGCCCAGAGGGCGGAUCGAAAUGUAGCGACCCUGGCCGAUGAAGCCAACUAAGCCCGGAUGCCGCCUUUCCAGAUUUAGGCAAAUCGAGUCGCUUGUCGAGGUCGGACAGCGGUACCGGGAUAAGCGGCCACUUCCAAGCUCGCGCCCGAGUUUUCUUCCUGGCUUUAGGGUAGCCAAAAUACCACGAGCAGAGGACGGCAAACUGUCGGGAGAUGGGGUUGUGGUUCCGUGGCAGCGUGAGAAGCCUCUGGAAAACGUUUGCGAGCUGGGCAGAAGUGGAGAUGCCAUCCUCAGCUCUCCGUCCCCCAGAAGAGUGUGAACGUGGUCCCCAGCUUGGCAUCGUGGCUCUCGAGCUCGUCCAGGGGCUUUCUCGAGCCGAAUCGUGCCCUCUGUCCCACGGCCUCGCUCCGUCCCGAAUAAUAGCCUUCGUGGCGGCCGUUCUCCUUUGGAAUCAGAUGGGUCUGGGAGGAGCCAAGUGGAGCACGUGACCCAGGAUUGAAGUCCAGUCCGGUCUGACCUUGGCCACCGUCGGGCCUUGGGCGGGGCCUUUGUAGAGAGCUCUGAUUUUGGGCGAUUUUCAUCAGUGUUGGGCUGUCCACCAUCUUCUAGUUAACCUGUCAAUGCUGGACAGGCUGCUGCUUCCCACAGCUCCUUGCGGUAUAAAAUCCAUCCUGUCCGUUCUCUCACAGUAGCUCUACUCUUCCUCCGCCUUUUAGGAAGUGUGUCGGGAGCGGGGACCGUUUGGGAUUGGGAGGGAAGAGGACGGUCAGCGGCAGUAGCGGGCGUUCCCACUCCGAAGCCCCCGGUGCCAUGCUCCGGUUCGCCUCGGUUCGCCAGCGGGCGGGGACGGAGCCAAUCGGGCGGGCCUUGAAGAGGGUCCUGGGGCCUCCUCAGUCGGUCAGAGCCCGGGAUUCAGAUGCCGGUUGUGCUCGUUCCCAAGGCACCGAGGUCAGAAAUGGCUUCCGAGGUCAGAAAUUUUGAGGUCCGAGGGGUGACGAGUCAGCCAAGUGACCCUGUUUUUCAACGCGUCCAAUACACAUCCACUCACACACAAACACCCACCCACCACCUCAACUGCAAAGGAUCAGGUUUACGACCUUGGAAAAAAUAGUUCUCCAAAACUUUCCGAGCCUAGAGGCCACAAAAGGUCAUUGUGUCCAACAACCCCAGUGCUUAGAGUAGUGUCUGGCACAUAAUAAGCGCUUAACAAACACCACUACAAAACCCGUUCAUCAAGCUCAGUGAAGCUCAGACCCCCCCAGUAGCGGGCACAGUGACGCUCAGCUCCCCAGUUCUGUGCACAGAGAAGCUCACAUCCAGAUAAUAAUGAUUACUGUACUUGUUAAGCGCUUACUGUGUGUCAAGCACUGGGCUGUGCUGGGGUAAGAUCAUCAGAUUGAUCACAGUGCUUGCCCCACAUAGGGCUCAUAGACUUAAUCCCCAUUUUACAGAUGAGGUAACUGAGGCAUAGAGAAGUGAAAUGAC